CACAUUCUUGCUUCUGUCACCCUUGCUGCAACACCCAAAUAACGCAGGAGACGAGAAAAGUUCGCGAUUUUCUAUCGAAAAAAUAGUAAUUUCUAGUAGAAUCUUUAUUUCGACAGUAAAAUUGUGCUGUGCAACUAUACCAAAACUGGUAUUCGAAUAUUUCGGGGUGCGGUUUAGAAACAGCGCGACCAAGUUCGGUUUUCCCAAAAAAAAAACAUUGAAAGUGUUUCCCCGCAGGAGGAUGUCGAAAGUGAAACCAUUUUUUGCUCAGCCGCAGUUUGUGAAGAUUUGAAUAUGUAAUACAUUAUGAUUGGAAAGAUUACAUUUUGCAUGAAACGUAUAAAUCCGCAUAAGAAGAAAUAAAAAAAAAAGCAUCGCUGCUGCGCUGACCUAGAGCUCAGAAUGUCCCGGCAUCAGAAGAAUCGGAUUCGAAAACUACAGAUAUUAGUAACCUUCGAGAGCGCUCUGUACGGUAACGAUGAGGAGGUGCUCUAGUGUGAUCGAAUAGCUAAAGCUCAUAAGGCAACCGACAUUCCUCAACUCUUAACGACAAACAAUCGAUAGAGACGGACGACGGCAAUUGUCCCUGUUCGUAAAUGCUCCUGCAGUCUUUUACUACGGAACAGGCCAAUUUUCACCAAGGAUUUGACCACCUUCAUUAGGAUUACCACAGCACACCACGGAAAGGCAGAACACAAGUAAUUCGUACAGAUUUAACAACAAACGUCAAAUCUCCGCUACCUACUCUAGAUUUAGGAAUUAAGUCAUACGUAUUCACCAAAAAUAGAUAAGGUAUUGAAUAGCACCCAAACCGAUCAACUAACAGCAAUGCGAACGAAACAUUUUCUGCUAGUUCUGGUCGCCGUGAUUGGCACUAGUUUGCUGUUGAUACUGCUUGGCCCCGCCGGCCAACAGAAUGAUUCGAUCAAAAGUAUUGUGUCACAAACGCAUGAGCAGUUGCGGAACCUAAAGAACAACCUCCGGGAAGCGAGUGAGCAUCAUCCGGAAAUGGAUCCCAAGUAUCUCGCCCUGCUUGGCUUCAGUCAUUCACUAUACAACGGCACGCGUUGCAACUUCUCUGUAGUGACGUACGCCCUCGCUGGCGAGGUGGCUUCCACCAUACUCUAUGCACAAAAUAUCGCUGCAAAGCUACCGAACGAGCAACUACUUAUAUACGAUCUCGGUUUAUCUGAGAGCGAUUUGCACGCGCUGCAGGCCUUCUGCAAUAGCUCCCGCUGUACUGUGAUAACCUACGAUGUAAGCUCGUUGCCAUCGUACAUAACAGACGAGAACAUGCACGCCUUCCGGCCAAUCAUCAUUCACGAUGCGCUGUCCCGGGCUCGCACGAUUCUGUUUACCGAGAACAGUGUUCGAUUACGAGGCACUGGCAAGGAGCUUGCCGAAUUACGACUAAAGACUGAGAACGGCAGUGGCGUGAUGGGGUGGACCACCCAGCAAGCAGUCACCAGUCGAACGCAUCCGAAAAUGUUCGACUAUUUCGAUACGGAUGCAGACAACUUUUUGUUUCUACCGAUGGUUUCGUUGGACUUUGUGCUCUUUGUCAGUAAACCGACUGUGAACGAUCAAAUUAUGCUACCAUGGGUAAGGUGUAUGCUGACUCCCGAGUGCUUGCAUCCUAUAGGCGCCCAAUCGGGAGGAUGUAAGUACAACAAGAAACCUCAGUAUCGCUACUCGGGUUGUCACGCUUACGACACCUCUGCCUUCAACAUCAUCCUCGGGCUGACGUUCGGAUUCGACGAAAGCAAAUACUCAACACACGAGGAAUCGACUGGGCUGUACUCAGUGGAAACGCUCGAGCAGGCAACCAGAAUUCUAGAGAAUCGGCGGAAAAACAUUACCGACACAUCGGAGCAUCCCUUUACGGAAGAAUAAUCAGGUGGAAUUUCAAGGUCUAUCGUUCUCCGGCACCCAUCUUCACGCUCUUUCACUUUAGAUACACAAUUGAAAGAACAAACCAAUAUUAGCACACACAGAGGUUAUGGAGUAAGUUGUCUACUGUUUUGUUUAUUAGUAGAAAUAAUAGUUCUGCUUUAACAUGGUGUAAAGAAUCUAAUAUUUUUGACGAGAAUUGGUGACCGCGGAUAAAGCGCGUAAACACGGUGAUAACAGAAUGACUGUGCUGGCAUAUACCACGUGCGGGAGAGAUUAAACCAAAGUUUGAACAAUUGCGCUAAUUUAAGCACCUCAAAACACACCCUGCUAUGUUUGCUUUUUUUGACUAAUUGAGACAAUGUGCACAACACGUAAACGAUAAAAAUAUCGUUCUGUA